AUGUCCGAGAAGAACUUGCAUUCACCAUUGCCAGAGCCAGGGACUGAAAGAGAUGAAGCUGCACUGAAGUUGCAAAAAGUUUACAAAUGUUUUAGAACUAGGAGGCAACUUGCAGAUUGUGCAGUUCUUGCAGAUCAGAGAUGGUGGAAGGCUUUGGAUUUUGCUGAACUAAAGUGCAGUUCCAUAUUAUUUUUUGAAAUUGAGAAACACGAGACUUCUGUUUCACGAUGGUCAAGAGCUAGAACGAAAGCAGCAAAGGUUGGAAAGGGUUUAUCUAAGGAUAGGAAGGCUCGUAAACAUGCUUUGGAGCACUGGCUAGAGGCAAUUGACCCUCGGCAUCUUGGUCAUAAUCUUCAAUUUUACUAUGUCAAAUGGCUUCAUUGUGAUAGUAAUCAACCUUUCUUCUAUUGGCUUGAUAUAGGAGAGGGCAAGGAAGUGAGUUGUGAGAGAUGUCUUAGAUCAAAGCUUCAGCAACAAUGCAUCAAGUAUUUGGGUCCUGUGGAGAGAAAGAAUUAUGAAGUCGUUAUUGAGAAUGGGAAGCUCUUCUACAAAGAAAGUGGGAAACCUGUUGAAACAACAGGAGAUAAUAAGUGGAUUUUUGUUCUUAGCACAUCCAAGACUCUUUAUGUAGGGAAGAAGAAAAAGGGCACAUUCCAACAUUCAAGCUUCCUGGCAGGUGGAGCUACAUUAUCUGCAAGAUUAGUGGCGGAGGAUGUUCUUAAGGCAGUUUGGCCUCACAGUGGACAUUAUCUCCCAACAGAAGAAAAUUUCCAAGAAUUCAUGUCAUUUCUUAAGGAGAAUAAUGUGGAUCUUACUGAUGUCAAGAAAAACCAAAAUGAAGAAGAUGUUGUAGCCAACAUGAUCUUUGAUCUUCAAUCACGAGGUAAUAUUUCAGAUUCAGUGGCCAAGUUAUCUCCAAUUCCAAAGGUUGAAACAGAAAGUUCCAGCACAUUAGCCAAAGAGCUACUUGAGUUGAGAAGUGAGGACUCUAAUAAUGCUGAUUCAAAAUAUGAUCCACCCUUGUCAAGAUUGUCUCGACGACUAGGAUCAAAAAUAGCUAGACUUGAAAUACCAAGGAGAGGCAAUGUGUCAGAUAUUUUUGGAGAGCAAGUACAUCCUCCAGAGUGCCAAUUAUAUUCUCAAGAUGUAAAAUCAGACUGUGGUGAUGAGACAGCAGAAGAAUCAAUUAUUGAUAAUUAUGAGGAAGAUUUCAUGGUUCCCAAAUCAAACUUGUUUGUUGAAGAUCAAGAUCAAGAUAAAGAAGAAAAUUGUAUUCCAAAAGAAAACAUAACGAAGAGGAUAGAUUCACACAAAGGAAUGAAAUCAUAUAAGUUGGCUCAUCACUUGAGCACCAAAUGGACAACAGGUGCUGGUCCUAGAAUUGGUUGCAUGAGAGACUACCCUCAAGAGCUUCAGUUUUUAAUUCUGGAGCAACAAAAUUUAUCUCCAAGAACAUAACGGAAUCUCCAUCACCCCAGACCCCACCAUUGUCUUGCUUCAGCACUCCCUCGUAGUGCUUUUCCAAUUCCUUCGGCUCAUUCUCAAACCCUCUAAGUGCUGUUUUUAGGGUGAACAUUGUUGAUAGAAAGUCAAGGACUAAUUUCUCGAAUCAAAUCCUUGAUCACGUGCUUAAGAAACAAUGUUGACCUUUUAAGUGCAUGAAGCAUUAGCAACUAGUACAUGAUUAUGAACCGACAAUACAUAGGUUAAAUGAUGAUACUUUUGAU